CUACGAAGCUCCUGCCUGCUCUCUGUCCCCACAUUUUAAAUCGAGACUACUAACUCUGCCCCUAUUGUGUUACCUACAUCACAACCUGGGUGACGAAAGCAACGAUUCAGUGUUAUGCCGUUAUUAACCCAAGCAAUACCUAUAUCAUGAUAUAGCAGAGCACCGUUAAAUAAUCACAAAAUGAAGUGCGUGUCUUUGGUGUUUUGUUUUACCGCGCUGCUAUUGGCCAUCUCAGUCGCUGACGUCAGAGGAGAGUGCAAACUCUCCCUACAAGAUGACUUUAAAAAACCCGCUCCGGUCUACAUCAAAGAUGGCGUCUUUUUGGCGCCAAAUCCCGCGGGCGACAUACGUUUGCGGAAAUCGGAAACUCUGGCCGUGGCAUGCCCGGGGAACAAGCGGCGGGUAGUCCUUGGGAAUGUAACUAUUAGUCUGGAUGUGGUGGAAGCCUCUUGUGUAUCAAACACCACCUUCCGAGUGGGCCAGUGGCUGGGACCCUUCAAAUCCAUCACCUGCAACGUGCAGCCGUGGUUCAGCACUCAGGAAGUGAAAGGGGGGUGCGGGAGAGGAAAUCAAUUGCACAGAGUGGGCUACCAAAUCGAGAGCGUGUUCUUCUCAGUGUACGAGGCCUGUUUCGACCCGUCUCUGGUGAGGACGGUGUACGUGCGACACGAGCUCACGCCUGCCAGCGUCUUCUUCCAGAAAGGCCAGCAGAGACCUCAAUUUACCGAGGGGACUCUCUUCGGCAAAGUCAGGAUGUCGAAGUUGUACUCGAUGAAGAACCAGAAGGAACGGGUCCAGGAGCUCGUGGGUGACGUCGCUGACCAGUACAUCACUAAGAAGGAGUUCCUAAGCCGAGGCCACCUCGCAGCACGAGCUGACUUCUCCCUGCGCGCGUGUCAAGUGGCCACCUUCCACUACGUCAACACGGCCCCGCAGUGGCAACGCGGCAACGCGGGCGACUGGGCCGCUUUGGAGGAGGCUCUUAAGCGCCGCAUCAGCGCUCUAGGCAGACCAGUGACGGUGUACACGGGAACCCAUGGCGUCAUGAGCUUCGGGUCCCACAAGGAGCUGUACCUGACUGCAGACGACAAUAACAAUGGGAUUGUGCCUGUCCCUUUGUAUCUUUAUAAGCUGGUCUUCGACCCCCUCACCAGAAAGGCCGUGGUCUUCGUAUCCAUCAACUCUCCCUUCUACAACUCCACCAUCACCGACCAGCUGACCUUCUGCGAGGAUGUGUGCGAGAGGAAAGAAUACUCCUGGUUGACCUGGAGAGACGAUGGCACCACCAGCUUCUGCUGCAACUACAACGACGCGAAAGUGUUCCAUCUACCGAAGUUGCCCGUGUCUGGACUUUUUUAUUGAAUUGGCAGAUGCCAAGGUUUUUAUGUAAACCAGGGAUGUUAUGGAUAUCCGUAACCGUAACCGAAACUUUCGG